AUGAUGAUGGAGCAAGCUGGUUUGAAAUCGAUCACUCCGGAAAAGCACAUCCAUCAAACUAAACACUGUACGCUGAGUGCAAAGUUCGAGGACGGAGUUUGCUGCCAGACAACCGGCGACAUUGAGAGCAACAACGAUGCCGUACUUGAUGAAAUAUCAGCUCCCGGCCGACCACCGCGAUGGCGAACGGCGGCCGAUGAUGGUGCCGACGAGGAUUCCUUGCUUUUUCUUCCAAUUGGCAAUAACCGUACCAUCAAUCAUGACCGCAAAAUACACAAGAGAGCAAUUUUGGAUUACGAGCAGUUAUUCGGAAUCAAUACAACCGAUUAUGGAAUAUAUUCGAUAACUAAUCAUCGCAGAAAACGUUGCAUUAUUGGUCCGAGGUGCCGCGACGAGCACCUUCGUUACCGACGCUUUGAUGGACGCUGUAAUAACAUUGGUCCUGGUCAGAGUCUUUGGGGCUCGGCAGGAUAUCCAAUGGAGAGAAUACUUCCACCAGCGUAUGGCGAUCGUGUGGCUUCAGCGCGCACAUUGGCCCGAUCCGGCAAACUACUGCCGAGCGCUCGCAAAGUUUCCGCUCAUCUUUUCGAUGACAUGCAUGUUCCGGACAAACAUCUCAAUGUAUUGAUGAUGCAAUUUGGUCAGUUCAUUGUACACGAUAUUACUAAAAGUAAGUCAGCAGCCGAGAAAGUAGAAUGCUGUCUUCAUGGUGGAAAACUUGCGUCAUCUAACCUACACGUGGCUUGUUUUCCUAUAAGCGUCUCCGCAAAUGAUCCGUUUUAUUCCCGCUUCGGUGUUAGAUGCAUGGAAUUUCUUAGAACUGCCACUGUGCCAAAACAUCGUUGUCAAGCAGGACAUGAUAGACAAAUAUCAUCAGUAACGCAUUUCAUUGACGGAUCUGGAAUUUAUGGAAAUUCUGCGAGUGAAUCACAUAGUUUACGAUCGCAUGUUGGAGGUCGUUUAAAGUCCUUGGUGCAUCAUCAACUUAAAAAUGAGUUACCUCCUCUAGAAACAACAACGAAUGCCUGUAGAAUAAGUGCUGACAUGUGCUUUAAAGUUGGAGAUGAUAGGGUGAACCAGAUAAUAACUUUGGUUGCUGUUCAUACACUUUUUUUAAGGGAGCAUAAUCGAAUUGCCGAUUUUCUACAUCGAUUGAACCCACACUGGAAUGAUGAAAUAAUUUUUCAAGAAACACGUCGUAUCAUCGGUGCUGAGUUGCAACAUAUUGUUUUCAACGAAUACCUUCCUAAGGUAGUAGGGCCACGCUUUAUGAAAAAAUAUAAUCUACACGCACCGAAAGGACACAGCAAGUUUUAUAAUUCAGCGAUAAAUCCUUCAAUUACAAGCGAGUUUUCAGCAGCAGCAUUCCGAUUUGGUCACUCAACGAUCCCUGGCCAGCUGGAGCUUCCGAAAGGUGUGCUGGACACACAUAAAACCUUCUUCAAUCCUUCACUGAUGAGUGAUCCUGAAUUUUUCGAUCGUCUAUUCCAAGGAAUCCUUGCGCAACCGAUGCAGAAAGUGGACGAUAAAUUUUCGCACAGUAUAUCUUGGUUCUUAAACUCGCAAGAAGGAAAACAGUUCGGAAAAGACCUUGUCUCCAUUAAUAUACAGCGUGGCAGAGAUCAUGCUGUUCGGCCUUACAACCAUUACCUACGUUUAAGCGGUAAACACAUGAAACUAGAUUUUAAAGAUUUCGAUUCGAAGAUUGGAUCGAAAUUGCACCAAAUCUACGAUUCUCCUGAAGAUGUAGAUCUUUUCGUUGGGGGAAUCCUUGAGCAUCCCGUUGAGGGUGGAAUUGUUGGUGAAACAUUUGCUGAAAUUAUCAGUGACCAGUUUUCGCGACUCCAGCAAGGAGAUCGUUAUUUUUACAGUAACGGAGAGCAAACGAAUCCGGGGCAUUUUACGAAGUUGCAGAUAGAUGAACUUCAAAAAGUAACGUUGGCUGGCAUCCUGUGCGCCAAUAUGAACAAUCAAAAUAACUUUGACGUUCCGUUGCAUGCUUUUAAUCUACCACAUUCCAAUCACAACCCACUGGUACCGUGCAAAUCCAACAAAAUUCAUAAGAUUGAUUUGAGAUGGUGGAAAGAUUAG